UUAACAUUAACCUACACAAUUCCCUUUUCUCGCUGGCAUAAUAUAGGUCAGGCUGGAGUUUUACCGAGUCCAGCUUUCCUAUCGUAUUUCACCCUUUCCAAGGGAUUAGCCAGUAUAAACAGUAAAUAGACCGGUUGAAUAAAGUACCAAGAUGAGUUACGAAAAGUUCGAGGGAUUUUUCUUCGAAGCCGAUGAGGAUAAAAGCGGACAAAUUGAUAUCGAUGAGCUCAUUAAGCGUCUCAGACGAGGUGGCUAUAAGGGAACAACUGAGCAAAUUAAGAGAGCGUUUGGAGAGGCGGACACCUCUGGGGAUGGCUUGAUAUCUUUUGAAGAAUACAUGACUGCCAUGGGCUUUAAGCUCAAGCUAAAACACAAAGGAGUAGCUCUGUGGAGAUGUCUUGAUGAGUUCGACAAAGAGAGAAACUGGCAGAUAGAGUACCAGUCGCUUCCUGGCAUCUUCUUCACCAGCGUGAAGAAGUACUUCACCCACGAUGAAAUGGAAAAAAUGAUCGAAGUCGGAGACAAAGUGAAGAAUAGAUCCAACAUGAUAGAUAUGGCCGAAUACCUUAGAGAGUUGGCCAAACUUAAAAUAAUUGAACUGGACGACAUUCCUUUCCCCCAAGCAGAAGUGAUGGAGGUAGUUACCAGUGCUACCACUGCUGGAGUUGGAGCUGCCCCAAGCAGAAAACCUGCCGCUAAACCUGCUGCAAAACCUUCCUCCAAACCCAAGAAGAAGGGCUCUGGUCCUACGGAGUCGGCUGCUGCUAGAGCCGCCAAUAAUAUGUCAUCGCAUGCGGCAUGGUUAGUGAUAAGGAACAAUUCCAGUUUCCUUAUCAAAAGAAAUGGCGCCAGUUUCACCAGAGAACCCAAUAACUUGAAGAACCGAAACUCGUUCCGAUACAAUGGGUUGAUCCACAGGCAGACUGUCGGUGUGGAACCCGCUAAGGACGGCAAGGGAGUUGUGCUCCUCACGAAAAAUAGCAAAGGUUUCCAAAAGCCCUCGAAGAGCUUUAAUCGCGUGGAAUUGAAGAAAGGGGCCAGACGUACGAUGAAUACAAUCAGGAAGACACUCAGCGGAGGCAGAUACCGCAAAGAGCUAACAAUGGAUGCAAUGCGACGCGCCAGCGCUAUUUUGAAAAGCCAGCAACCACGGGUCACCAAGCAGACGAGACAAAAGAAAAAGUAAAACCACGUGACAGCACUUGCCGAUAGCCUACUUGGAAGCACCUGCCUUGCAGAUUCUCAGUACAACAAUGAAGUGAAAAUAUGAAACUGUCUUGUGUAUUUUAAAUGACAACUAA